ACGUUCAUAAGGGGUGGUGUUCCUGCUGGUGAACUGGACAAGCAGAUGUUAAACCAGUUCAUAAGAGGCUGUUGGGACAAUGAGCUAAUAGCGGAGCUCCAACUCGAACAGAGAAGGCAAACUCCACCUAACUUUUCCGAACUCCUUCUCAUGCUCCGGACUGCUGAGAAAAGGCGCGCUGCAAAAAUGUCGCGCAUGAAACAGCACUUGAAUACAACAAUACCAAAAGUGUUUUCCAACUACCAAGGCACUCAGUCCCAAAGUCCAGAGCGAGAUACGUCAAAAACCAUUGACCCCCUUUCUGAAAUACAAGACCUCAAGAAGCAGAUUGCCAAUCUACAGUCCCACCUUGCAUCUCUAAAGAACAAAAAAGACUCAAACAGUAAAGUCAAAUCAGAACCUACAAGCUCGACCAAGACAAAAGUUCCCCCUGAAAGUCUCAAAACUCCAAAGCCACAGUCUUCAGAACAAAAAUCAGGACCUCAUCCAAGAAAUCGUCCAAAGCCCUGGUACUGCUUCAGAUGUGGGGAGGACGGGCACAUCAAGCCCCAGUGUGAAAAUGAGCCAAACUCUACCCUAGUUGCUGAAAAAAGGAAACUCUUAAGAGAUAAGCAGAUGUCAUGGGACAAAGUGAAUGGACAAGAACCUACUUCUUUAAACUAAAGAGGGCUCCAGUUGUGGGACAAAUUGGAGCUGAACGAAAGACAAAGAGUCCCAAAAAAAAGAAACGCGUCUUGAACUCCCACACACAGGCUGAAAUGUCUCUUUCUCUUCCAAAAGGUCUUGUAGGAGCGAAGUGCACUGCCCAAGUAGCCAUUGACAAUCAUAUGUGCAGUUGUCUAUUAGACACUGGCUCGCAAGUAACGACGA